CACGGUAUUCACGUUUCGGCUGUUUGCGUUGUUAAGAACGCGCUGUGGAUGGGGGACAAAUUAAUGAGCAGUGCAAGUCCGUCGAUCAAUUUUCUGUUAGAAAUCUCAGAAGUUCAGUGAUUGUUGACUCGUGGAUGGCUGACAGUCGGGAGUGAAGACAGCUCAAGCUUGCUUCCCUUGUAGGUGGAGGUGAUCAGGACAGAGGUGAUCAGGGUGGUGAUCAUGAUCGAAAGUUACUGCACUUGACUUUUGCUGAUAUAAUGGAAAAGUGAUUGGCACACCGUCACACUAUUGAACUAGAGCUUCUAACUAGUUUCAGGAAACAAGCUUUUUAGCCAACCAAUGCCCAGCCAGGCCCGCACGAUCAAAAGUGCGAUACUCCGCCCGAAGAGUGAGACUCCCUGUUAAAACUAUAGCUGGAUCAGGACGACGUCCUCAAGAUUUCUGUCAUCAUUGUGUGUGGACUUCGUGUAUGGAUGUGAUGUCUGGUAACCAGACUCUAGUGAUUAUAGAUGUCUAAGUAUCGUUACUCACCGGGGAUGACUCCCGAUGAUCAGCUAAAGGAGAAGGCGAGGGCGCUACAGGCAUUAAAGGAAACCAAUCCAGAGUUCAGGAAGAAACAGCAUCACCUGAGCAUUGGCACCCGCAAUGGUACCCCACAGAGGAGUCCCCCUUCACCCAUCCUGCCUGGCUAUAGACUCACCUGGUCACAGGAGAGGAACAGACUGGACAAGGAGAAACAGAAACUACAGGAGGAACAAGAAAGGAUCAAGCAGGCCAGCAAAAGAUGGAGUUUACCCUCACCUUACGAAGUGUUAGAUCCCAUUAGCAGGAGACCAUACAGCGAUGAUGGAAAGACAAGAUGGGAGGCGGACAUUGCGGACUUUGUCCUCAAAACCCAAGAGAAGAUUCCAGACAUGAUCCUCAACCUCAAAGAAAUGAAGAAACAGGUGCAGACGCAGAAGACAUAUAUAGGAGAUGUUUUAUUAUCCGCUCCUAAAACUUACAAACCAUGGCAGAUGGCUGACUAUUACAUGGUGAGGGAUUUAUUGAUGGAUCUUCUGGAUGAGGUUGUGGAGAAGAGCGAGAGUAAACCAAAGCCCAAGACCUUUGAAGACGGUGUACAACAACAUACCGUGCUUGUGGCUCAACGCGAGCUGGAUACAGCACGGGAGAAGCAGAGUCAAGAGAGGGCGCUACAACUGAUUGCUGAGGAACUUGUUCUGGAGAUUACCUUCGAGCUCGUCCGAUGGACAGUUGAGGAAUACCUAGGACUACAACAAUUUGCAAAUAAACUGAGACAACAUCUAGUCAUGCAGUCUGCUGAAGUAGUGGCAACAGGGAAUCCGUCUGGACGUCCCAGAGAUGACCCAGCCUAUGACCUCAUCACUUCAACCUACGCUCAAAUGUGCAAGGACAGGAAUCAAAACAGGCAGGAGAUUUGGGCGCACAGUCAGCAACUUCAUCUUCAUUCAGAUGAUACCCAGGAGGAUGAAGUCAUCGUUGAGUCAGCAUUCCCUGGAGGUUGUACACCCCUUCAUCUCCUUAAUCUUCCAAUCAAGGUUGGACGGCCACCAGCGGUACCACGAGGUCCUGAUAUGAAGGCAUUUAGGGAACUAGAGAGUAACUACUGGCAGCAAUUAAGCACUGAGUCAGAUUCUAUCUCAUUAACCAAGAAGGUUCAGGGUGUGGUCAUUGCUGCAAUGUCCCCCAACCAGAAAUAUAUGGCACUGGGAUGUCUGCGAGGUGACGUGUUUGUGUAUACAUGUACCUACAGCCAGAAGAAUCCAAUCCCAGUUCGUACUCUGCAGAAUGAGAACACACAGAAUGAUGCUGUCAUUGACAUUACUUGGAGUGUGGACAGUAGUAGGCUCAUCACUAUUAAUGAAACGGGUAUUCUCCAACUGUGGUCCAUGUCUUCCGGCGGUGUCUCCGAGAAGGACAUCAAAGACUUGGAGAUCAGACCUGAAGCUGGACUGACAAAGUCUUCUCAACUCACUCACCUCUUAACGCUAGAUGCAGACAAGUCAGACUUCAACUUCAAAGAAGGUCCCCUGCAUGAGACUGGUGCCCAGGCAGCUGCAGUCAGCCCAGCAACGGCCGUCUUCCAUCCAUCUCACACCCUUCUUGCCACUCAGAACUUCAUUGUAGUUGGUCUGCAGAAUGGAGACAUCCUAAAGUGUGAUACCAGCGUGUCGGCCAAUGCAAGCAAACUGAAUCUUGGUACUGGAAACCACCCAGAGACAGAGGUUGAGCGUCAAAGGAAUUUCAUUGGCCAGGAGGUUCCAACUGAGUUGUUCCGCAGUCACAAGUCUCCCCUGAUGUUUCUGGGAUUCCUUGGUAACCAUGGCAAUAUGGUUUCCAUGGAUACAAGCGGUCUGAUAUGCAUUUGGGAGAGCAACAGGGAAUGGUGGAGUCACUUUGGAUGGUUUGAGCCGAGCACCAAGUACUACCUGGAGCUGGCAGAGAGAGUUUACUCACCAAGAUCAGACGAUGAACAAAAGGUACAUUACAGUGACAAGGCUUUAGCAGAGAAGAAAGUCAGCAGACAGGAGAGGCAAGCGGCUCGAGAGAAGGCUACACAGAGGCUGGAAAACAUCAACAUGGAAGUGCUGUGGCAUAGAGAAGUAGAUACAAAAAAUGGCGCUGAGCUGCAGGUAUUCUGCCCUAGGAAGGUCCAGGAUGCAGGGAGUAUAUUUCAUGGUGUGGUCAGACAGUCUUCCACUGAGCAGCUUCUUAUGCAUUACACCUACUAUUGUAAACCGGCAAAGAAUUUCUGCAGUCAGGUGUUGAAGGUCCAACAAUCUGCAUGUGGUACGAAGUUAGUAUUUAUGAUACUUUUUCCUGCUUUCCCACCAAAAGGUCCGCAUAUCUCAUUCGUUGCGCUGGACAUCAGUGAGAUGAAAGUUGUGCGAGACACACGGAUUGAUCUGAAGCUAACGGAGGAGGAGCAUAACCGAUGUCUCAAUGAAAAUGUCUGCAGCUUCGGGAUGACUCCCGUAGUUGGAGUCACUGGUACUAUGUACAUCAUCGCAUGCGUUCUAGGUACUGUACGGGUGUAUUCGAUGGAGACCAGUUUUCAGAUCAUGUCGUCCGCUGUGGAGAUACAUCAAGGAGGCUCCAAGCUGAAGAAGUCUCUGGCUGAGAGAGCAACCAUACUGGUGUCAAUGGCUAAGGGUCAUAUCAGUAUCCUGACAUACACAGAAAAAUACAACUCUGUUGACAUCUUGCAGUUUGUUGACUAUAGUUCAGUUAAAUUAAGACGGAGAGUCUACGAGGCUUACUUGGACGGGAAAAAACAGAAGCCACUAGUGCCCUAUGAGCAGCAGCAUCAUUACAGGGUAUGGACCAUGGACAACGACGCCCAUCGUAAUGUGGAGCUCUACAUGCGCAGACUGGUGCUCCAGCUGUCCGAUAUUGCUGUCUAUGUAUCAGAAGGCUUGGAGAUAGACAAGGAUCGACUACAGCAGUUCUGGAACGAGGAUAAGAUAUCGGCCGAGAGUAAUCUGCUUCAAAGAAUCAUAGCACAAAAGAAGGGAAUCUCUGGGAAUAACGACUUAUCAACCGAAAGUUCUAACUCACGAUAAGGGAAAACAACAAUGCAAUGUUUAUAAGUAAACAACAAACUCAAGGUCACCGAAUUUGGGUCAGCCGCAAGUGAUGUUCAGACAGCUAUGGUGGGUGGGGUUGAUGUUGGAUUGGUGUGACAUGUGGACUCCCCUACAAUGAGUUCCUGGGACGGUUCUCUGAUGUAUCCCUGUGUUGUUGGCAAUAAAACCAUGUACUUUCCUUAACAAUCGCCAAUCAGUUGGCCAACUAUUCGGUUACAAACCUAUGUUUUGACUCCUCCACGUUUUGACACCCAUAUGUUUCGACACACAAAGUGUUUUUUCCUAUUCCUAACCUAGCAUGUCAAAUUGCAAGGGGGGUUGUCGGAACUUAGGGUUGUCGGAAUAUAGAGCAGUCGCCAACUAUUCAUUGAGCCAUUUUGGAGUUAGAUUUUAUUAAAGUCUGGUACAGUGACUUGCUUAUUCGCAACUUACCACUUAAAUUUUAAUUCCUCAGAAUAUAGAGACAGUUGCCAUAUCAGAUGCUUUUGGGCAAGUUUUUGUGUCGCAACCUCUAGAUGAGCAAACCCAGGUGCCAUUGUGCCAUACACAUUCAUUCUGAUUUGUGUAUGGACAUUCAUUCUGAAUUGUGUAUGGGUGUUCACCGUCUCUUAAAGGGUAAAUUCAAUUUACCCAGUCAGUUUCCCUUGUGGUUUAUAUUGAUAUCAUAAAAUAGAACUACGCAAAAGCUUGCCCAGAUCAUGUGGCGUAGCAAUUGUCUCGAUAGUCUGCUGAUGUUCAGGUGUAUCUAUCAUUUAAAACCAUUCAUCAUUUUAACCAUGAUACAGACCUUUAUCAUGGCGCCUCCAUCUUUUCUCCCAUUCAAACCAGUGUUACCAAAACUGAGGCUGAAAGGAGAAGCAGUCUGGUUCCUUUUUGUACAAUGAAUAUUAGCAUUCAUUACUGUUAUUGGAUGUAAGGAACAUGAUCAAGAUGGUGGCAGCAUCGCAUUAUAAUGGUCUAUUGAAGGAUCUUCAUUUGGAGGGUACCGUUUAUGCAAUGAAAAGAUAGUCUUUGUUAAAUUAGUCUUUCUGUAAGUUGAAGGGUUUGACUUGCUAUAACUGACUGUGGGAAUAUUUACUCAAUCAGUUUCCCUUGUGUUUUUUUUCUUCUUGAUCUUCAAGCUGUACCGUUAACUUGAAUGUGAUCCCUGGCUACACAGCACUCACAUGCUGAAUGGCUUCUGACUGGUACCUCUACAUUCCUACAAAGGUAUUGACAAAAUAGAGAGACCGCUAGCCUGCCUUGUUGGACUGUUAUGGCUCUCUUAGCUUCAGCCAUCAUAGUCGUCAUACUAUGAUGAGGACAAUGAUAAAAGAUAGCCAUAACGGCCCAACAAGGAGCAAGUUGGAGUACACACCCUGGUUCACUGAAGGUUGACUAUUCUCACUCGAACCCUAGCUGGUCCACCAUUGGUUGAUGUGGUCAACCAUUUGGAACCAGACUAGGGACCAUGGUUCCUUCAAUGGUCCUGAUAGCCUGUUUCAUGCUAUUAUGUGUAAAACUCAUAAGAGAACCAGUGACAGUGAAGCGAGAAGGCAGAAGGCAAUGGAAGUGUUGACUAGGCUUCCAAAGUGAAUUAUUAGAGUGAGUACGUCACUGCACAUGUACGUUCCUUGUCAGUGGUCAAUCAUGGACCGACUAAAUAUGUGCGCUCAAACUGGCUCAAUGUGGCUAGUAGACCACCAACAUAGGGCUAGAAGAAUAGCUCAUUGUUGCAGACCUACCAAGUCUCACGCAUUAGGCGUGAG